UUUCCCAAGAUUCUUUGUGGUGUACUGGCAUAUGAGAGAUCGACAAAGAUUCAAUUCAGCGCGUGCGACUGAGCGAGCGAAUCGUGUUGUGUUGCGUCGCGUUGCAUUUGAUUGUAUCGCAUUUCGUCGCAUCGCGGCGCGGCGCGUCGUGACGCGUUGCGAGGCGUCGUUUUCCGUCACGUCAACACGAGACAUCCUCGAUCAUUCCUCGAUCGUUGCUUCGCGGUAUCUCAGUCAGUCUCCUUCGGUCUCAUCUUGGAUGGCUGUGCUCGGACGGGCGAUGGCGAGACUUGUCGGAGUAAAAUGCAGUUCGACACGUCCUGGGUGCGACGCCAUGCGUUCGGAUGUCCCCUCGGGUGUCGAUCGCGUGCGGGCAAGAUGCGUCGGCGCCGACGACAGCGGAUUGUUUACUCGCUAAGUCGAUCGCGUCGUCAUCGCCCUUAUCGCGAGUAUGAUACAAUCACAAUCACAAUUUGCGCGGUGAGGUUACCACGCGAUCUCGUGCUCAGGGAGAAACGAAAUCGUGAGCAGGAUGUCCCUUUAUCCAGCGUCUGUCAACGAUGAAUAUUCUCUGUUUGCAGCUGGAUAACAGUCUUAAGGGACGAUGUCGGCACAAAAUGCGGAUCUUCCGAGUUGCACCGCGAAUCAAGAAGAGGAGGAGGAGGAGGAAGAAAUAAUUCUACAUGAUCCUGAGAAUAAUCCUGUAGAUAUUCUGGAAUGUCUAUCGGUUAUGAUCAAUGAUGAUGAGAAAGAUGCUAAUCAAGUACAGGAACUUAUACUGGAUGAUCAAUUGUUUGGGACAAUGGUGACCACGAUUACAUUGCCUGAUGGGACUCAAGCUUUUGUUACAAAUAAUCUCAGUGGUAUUGAUUCAGAGUUUAAAACACAAGCAUUACAAACAUCACUUGAAAACGGAGAUACCAUCUUGCUGCGAGAUUUAUCAGAACUUGGUGAUGGCAAGGCUCUCCAAUUGGAAUUAGAUCCAGCUACAUUUGUACAAGCUGAAGAUGCUACUACUGAAAAUGUAGAAAAUACAUAUUCGCAAGUAGAAUUUAUCAAUGGUACUGCAUAUAUGGUAGCCAGCCGUGUGGUAGAUGAAAAUUUAUGGGAGAUUAAAGAUGGGAAAUUGAAAAAGAAGGAUCCCAAAAUUUUAAUCAACAAGUUAUCCGAUGCAAAAAUUAGACAUCCUUGUCCUAGAGAAGGAUGUUCUAAGGUUUACAGCACGCCCCAUCACCUCAAAGUCCACGAGCGAUCGCAUACUGGCCAAAGACCAUAUAGAUGUAAUCAUCCGAAAUGUAAAAAGAGUUUUUCAACGGGCUACAGUCUAAAAGCACAUUCGCGGACGCACACGGGCGAGAAACCAUACAAAUGUACAAAUGGAACAUGUAACAAGAGUUUUAAAACAUCGGGUGAUUUAUUAAAACACGUGAGAACUCAUACAGGGGAACGUCCCUUCGUAUGUCCGUACAAUGGUUGCGGCAGAUCAUUCACCACGAGUAAUAUUAGAAAGGUUCACGUAAGAACGCAUACCGGUGAACGACCGUAUCAAUGCACGCAUCCGACGUGUGGUAAAGCAUUCGCUAGUGCAACAAAUUAUAAGAAUCAUAUACGAAUACACUCGGGCGAAAAACCUUAUGUUUGUUCUAUUGAAAACUGUGGCAGAAGAUUUACUGAAUAUUCUAGUCUAUAUAAACAUCAUCUUGUACAUACACCGCAACGACUAUUCGAAUGCACACUGUGUUCCAGAAAAUAUCGUCAGAGCAGCACGCUGAUAAUGCACAAGAGAACAGCUCAUUCGUUGGUCGAUAGUGACGACGGUGUCGAUACAUUUUUGCAGGAUUCUCUUGAACCCUCUAGUCAGAAUAAAAACAAAAAAAGAUUAUGAAGGAAACCCAUAAGCUGGUAGCGAAAGAUAAACAGAUCCAGAUUUCCAAAAUGAUCGACAAUGCAAACGAGAAAGAGCCACAAAUUUUAUUGCUAGGCAAUCCUUCGCAAAUAGCUGCAUUACAGCCACAUUUCUGCAUUUGAAAUUUCAAAUACAGAAGAUCGAUCUGGAUGAAAAUUUCGAUGAUCCUGGCAUCGAUACAACAUUCGAAGGAUUGAAUAUAAAAAUCGAGGACAUAGAGUUCGGCUGGAACUAAUGCAAAAGGAAAGAAAUGCGCGACGUGUAAUGUAACAUGUGUGAGGAAAGUUAUAAACAUUAAAUGUUAACAAUUUUCGUUAACAUUCAUGGAUAUGCUUUAACCAGAGUAAAAUCAAAUAAGCAUAUACAAACUAAAAAAAUAAUGUUAAGCAGUAUCUGCGGCACCUAUGAUAGCUGUGAGCUCAAAUUUAAGUUUUUUAUUAGUUACAUAAAUUUAUUAAACAGAAAUAUACAAUAAAUGCAUCAAUGAUUUUUUGUAAUAGUGACAGUUUACAUACAGCAGUUAACAUCACAUAAAAUGCUCGUUUCGGAUUUGAAUUGAUUUGAUUGGUUGGUUCUAGAUUGAUUCAUAAUUAAAUUUCUGAUAAAAGAACUUUAAGGAAACACGUGAUUCUUUUCAUUGUUGCAUUGAAUUUAAUGAUCUUAGCAAAAUUAUAUGGAUCAUUAUUCAUAUUCUGAACAUAAGCGAGCAAGGUAAGAUCUAUUGAAAAAAAGUGUAUAGAAGAGAUUAAUAUUUACACAAUCUCUGAUUAUGUUCUUAAAUUGAAAGCAGUGCCUUACUGAAAGUGUGAAUGUGGAAGAAAAAUAUAUAUUAUAUUACAUUUUGUCCACCUAUAGUUAUCAAGCAGUAUUUUUUUUCACACAGAAUUACAUAACGUUAAACUAACUGAGUUAUCUGUACUUGCUAUAAAUAUUUUUUUAUUAAUCUUUAAAUUAAAACAAGAAAUUUAUUCAUUCAAUUUUAUAAUAUAGACUAUUUUGUACUCGGUUUUAUCAGAAAAGCAGCUAUUGAAAAACUAUCAUAGUUUCAUUAGAAAUACAUUGUAAUUUUGUUUUAUUUUUAAGUUGACUUUGAAACAUUUUAAUCUUAUGAUAUAUGUGCGAAUGAUAGUUAUUAUUUUAUUAUUUGUCCGAUAAUCUGCACAACUAAUCAAAUAGUUAAAUCUGACAAAAAUAAGUGCUAACAAAAUAUGACUGCAGAAAUCGAGUGGAAUCUAAUUUAAAUCAGUACUAAGAUUUGUAGUUCUGGAAUUAUUUAAAUAACUUUUAUUUAAAUGGCACUGCUAACAUUUCACUUACUCGGUAAUUUUUACUCGGUAUUUUUUUUGCGUUGCUAACAACUUAUUUUCUGAAAGAGAAAGAAAUACAUAUUAUCAGCUUGUUUAUAAAAUUUGCAAUGUCAAGUCAUGUAAAUGCAAUUUAACAAAUUAUAUUGUUUUUUCACGUCAUUAAAUAGGACAAUACGAGUCAGCGUAAUUGAAUGUAGUACAUGUAAGAAAAAAACGCUGUACAUAUUGAUAACGAAUUGGACAAAAAAAAAUCGUCGUGAUUAAUACUAGAUUUUAUUGCGAAUUAAUAUAAGAAGAUAGAAAUUAAGACAUAUAUGUGAUGACAUACUUUAUAACGAUGUCGAACGAACGAGAUGGAUAUAAUAUUUAUAUCACAUAGUGUUUCAAGAAAGUCGAGAAAAAUAUAUGUAUUAUGUUUUGUACCUUCAUUUUUUCGAGAUUUAUAUAUAAUUUUUUUUUCCUCGAUAUACCUAUCACGAAACAUUUGUGUAAUAUUUCUGCGAAUAAAAUUACUUGAUAGAAAUAAAAGAAAUUUAUGUGA